AUGUUUUUGCCAUGGUGCUGGCGCGUUCCCUUUGCCAGCAUUAGCAUGAAAGGUGUUUUCCUCGCUCUCUCCUCCUUCCUCAGUUGGCCAUGUCGUGUUUUGCGUCUUUGUCCAAGGAAGAAUGAGAUUGCCUCGCGAAGAAAAACCAAAGCACAAGUCAAGCCCCCGAAAGUGAGCAUGUCACACCAUGUGCCGCGCGUGGGACUCAAUACUAUGUUCCGGGGUGGGGGUGGUAGAGGUAGUGCCAAGAUCACUGCCUACAGGAAAGAAGAGAACGAUGAAACUGCUCUGCUUGAAGCGCUAGCCGGACUUUUGAGCAAUUUUUCAAAUGCAAAACAGCACUCCGGUCAGAAGCAAGAGAGCCAGCAAUUUGCACAGCCAACACCAAAAACCAAAUCUAAUGCCAAAGGAAAAGGAACCAGCGCAGCAUCUGCAGCUGACCAAGCACAUGACACGCCUGAAACGGGUCUUUUACGAUCACUUGAGAGAAUCAUCGAACGAGCCAAGCGCGAACCAGGAACCCUCCUCAGGAGGCUCACUUCUCUGGUUAGCACGGCUACGCAAAAUAUCAACAAAAAGCAGAAAAACCAACAGUGGAACAAGGCAAAGCAGAUGCCCGGACCCACUGAGGCCACACAUGAGCCGCCCAAGAAAAAGAUGAAAGCGUCACCUGGCAUGUCGCCAGAAAACAGCUCAACAGAAAACACCACGAGACAAACAUCUCAAAAACGCCCAGCUGAGCAGACAUGGGCAGAUGUAGUGAAAAACAAGCCUAACUCACCUGAGAACGGUAAGGGCAAAGGUCAGAACAAGUCAGCUGAUAGAAGCAAUAAGUCGCCCAACGCCCGAAUCCGAACCAAUCCGACUCAGAAUGCAAAGCCAGUUGCAUUAUUGGAAGGUGCGUGGGAAAAAGGCGCUCUUAUUUCUUUUACAGAUGCAAAAAGACAAUUGGAAGCCGGACAGUCGCCGACUGGCAGCGCCACUCUGUGCCAGAAUCUGGGACAGGUUCAAGAUCUGCAAAGACUUGCAAAACUGCACAAUCUCCCAGAGAAACCUUUUGCACUUGUUUGGACCCCCGGUCCGGAGACGGUGGCUGACUCAAAAUUAGGCUAUUUGCCCACCAUUGCGCAGGGUCGAGUAACUUUGCACCAGUUCCGCAUUCUGCCUUUGCUAAAGACAUUACCCAAGGUACCGCUGCAAACGGCACGUGCCACCGAUGUCUCCGCUGAUAGCCAUGCUUUGUCAACUUUUCGAGUUACUGUCCCUAAGGCCAUGAUCUCGAGAGACUUGUGGGAGACCAUCCUGCGGAAUCCAAAGAGCCAUGCCCAAAAAGUGUUUGGGGAGCGAGUUGUGCAUUCAACUUAUGGAUGGAAAGAAGUCAAGUUUGUCAACAAAAAGCAACAGGAGCCCGAGACUCUUUUGCAGGGUUUCUUGCGCUCACAGGAAAAAUCCAUCGAUCAGAUCACAAAAUUGAGUGGCAAAGACGGCCUGUUUGUUGAUAAACUCAAUACUGAACAGAGCAGAAGACCGAACAUUUGGUGGAUUCAGAUCAAAGAAGGUGAAACCAUGAGCUCAUAUUUUACCCGGGCGCAUGCUGAAGCCAAAAAAGAAAAUUCCAGCUUAUGUUUUCGCAAGGGUGGCAGCACAUGUUUGGGUCUUCGUCUCCAAGAAAACAAGCACAUGCCACAGCUACAUGCAUGGACCCUCCACGGCGCUCCCAAGCAUUGGUUUGGACAAGAUGUCAUGCAAUGCUUGUUCGAUGCAGGCUGCCAAGAGGCUGCUAUCAUAAACCCACCAGGACGCCACAGGUCUUGGUUAAUCAAAGCAGUCGUGCCAGAUGAGAAUAGCCUGGGUGUGGUUGCAAUCCAUGCAGGCACACGGGUUCUGUAUCUCAACCGUGUCCAGAACAAGAAACGCCGCUCUCCGGAAGUUGUGUCUGUCAUCCGGUCGGCAUAUCAAGCUCAAUGCACACAGGUGACUAAACCUGAGGCAGAAAAACAAAGGCAGGAGCUGGCUAGAGAACGCAGCCGCUCUCCCAACAAGGAUGCCGCCAAGGAUAAACCCAAAGAGAAAGAGAAAGAAAAAUCCAAAGAAGCGGGCCCCUUUGGCCCUUUCAUGGACAAAGUGACAUCGCUCGAUACCGGAGGCGGCGGUAAUUGCGGCUACACUUGCCUGGCAGCUGCGCUGGCUCUCGACAAGGGAGAAUCGAUCGAACAGGUGAAGGGCGAUCUACCAGCACGACGGUGGAUCGACGGUCUCAGUUUGAGGGCGGCAAGCAAACGCUAUGGUAUGCACAUCAUUGUCAUUCCCUUGGAAGGAGAAGAGAAAGACAAACCCAUGGCUUUUGGAACGCCCCGGUCAGGGAGAGAGCCCAUCGUACUGCUACUCAACGAUCGGCAAGGCCAUUACACCCUGUUACAGCUCAAAGCCGGCCAGCAAUGGCCCAAAGAAUGGACUCAAGCCGCUCAAGCCUCUGUUGCCAGCGUCGCUCUACGAGGAAUCCAUGCACAGCUUGUCAAAUCAAAUGCAGAGAAAAAGAUCAAACGCAACGACAGCUUGAUUGAAAGUUACAACCAAUCCACUCAGGCUAAAGGCUACAGAAGCUGGUUUGUUGCACCUCCGGCAUCACACAGCGUCUUAGGGCAUGCCUACACAUCUGGUGGAGUGGCCAUCUUUGUGCGUAAAGAUAAGGGUGCUAGAGAAGUGAACAGACAUGUUGCAUAUGACGGACAAGCCAUUAUGCUUCAAUUGGAUCACAUGUUUAUUAUUGGUGCAUACUUGCCGCCCCGCAACUCCCAAGCAACGCAAACACUGACAGUGCUGGAUGAAUGGAUUGCAUCGGCGGGAGCCUUAGAGCCAGUUGUCAUUUUAGGAGAUUUCAACCAAGAGCCGGAACUUGCAGACCGGUGGACGGCCCUCGCCGAUGGUGGAGCAGCCAAAGUCGUUUCCCUCCCUGAUGGGACCAGAGCACCCACGAGGUGGGAAGGUAACAGAUGCAUUGACUGGAUUUGGUCUUCACACCCUUUCAUGGUAGAUGAACUUGCCUUUUCCGAAGCUGUCUUUUCUGAUCAUAAAGCCUUAACUUUUAAUCUUCAAUACAGCCAGGAAUGUGUGCAAAGCUUUAAACAAGUGCCCACCCGCAGUUUAUUGCGACCAGAGCAAAUUCCCCAGAAGGAUUGGGACAAAGCCAUGGUCAAGGCAUGGCAACAGGUCCCCAUGCCUCCGAACACGACAAGCGAAGAAGAAUGGAAUACUUUUUGCUCCGCCGUUGAAUCUUCAUACGAUGCUGCCCACCAAAUUUGCAGCGGAAGCCUCAGCCAUGGGCACACCGCUAAUGUCCGGGCAAAAGGCAGCCCUAUGAAAAUCAAAGAACUUGAGCCAGCCAUAUUUCGCUUGAAACAGCAUGCUUCAUGCCGAGAGUUGAAGGCCAGAAAGCUGCUCGGAAGGGUCAGAGAAGCCAACGUCCAACAAGCAGCCGGGGCCUCAGUUCCAGCCGUGUUGUUGCGGCGCAUAUGGCAACAUCCUUUGGUCCGUGGUAAAAACUUUGUUUCUCUCCUUGAUAUUGAGCAUUGGGCAGAUCAGGAAAUCAAGACACUUGUGAAACAGGAUCGAUUGGAAAAGCUCCAAGAAUGGCGCCGCAAGAUGCGCAAUAACAUGAGCCAUGCCCGUGAGUGGGUCAAAAGGGAUAAUAAUCUCCCAGUCACUUCGGUGCACUUUGAAGGAUACCAGGACAAUACAGCCACUUCUUCGAAUCAGCAAUCUCUUGAAGCUAUUUCGCAGUUUUGGAAGACUAUCUGGGAAAGAGACAGGCCGCCCGUGCAGGAAGCUUUUCAGUUUUGGCAGGAAGGCAGUGAGCCCAUGCCGGAAUAUGCCUGGUCAAACCUCACACCUAAGGAACUUCACAGACAAGCAAUCAGAAUGAAGGGCUCAGCUGGUGGAGCAGAUGGGAUAACAGGUUCCGAAGCGGCACAAUUGCCGCUCCGAGAGCCGCAACUCGCAGAUGGAUACUUUCUUGGGUCCAUCCAACAGCCUGUGGUGGUAUUCACGGGAAAGGAGUCGCCAGAGCAGUGGACAUGUUGUUUCAAAAAUUUGAAAAAGGUGUCAUCGCGUUUGGGAUUGUGGGAAAAUGACAGCAAAGCACGUGUAUUCCCCCGGAGGGCUGCAUAUGAAGCUCAGCUUGUGGCACAAGGCUUUGCACAGCAUCAUGUCACAAAUGCAGCCAGGGUUUUGGGCAUUGAUUUCACAACCCGCCUCGGUGCUUCGGACCGAAAAACUUCAGAAGAACGCUUGAGAGUGACCAAGUCUCGACUGCAACGGAUUGCAGUACUGCCAGUUGGAAUGCAUCUCAAAGCCCAACAUGUGGCGUCCAUCGCCAUCCCUAAAGCUGCUUGGGGCUGUUGGACCAACUUGUACGGAAACGUGCUCGCCAAUGGCCUCGCAGCCCCACCAGAGGCACAUGGCUUGGCACUGUCCGAGGCUGGCUGGAAGACCUGGGUUGGAUCGAGGAAGGUCCAUUUCAUUGGCGCUGCCAUGCACUUGGCGCCCGUGGCAUCAUCCGCUGGUCGGGCCGUGUGUCUACAGCAGAACUUGAUGUAG